UUUAUGUAGGUACCUAACUAAAUACUAGUGAAUAAACUAUAAUUACCUGCAUUUAAUAUUUAAACCUUAAUGUCAACACAUAGCGAUAAGUAUGGGUGAAUACCGGAGACCACCUCCAGACCAAAAUUUAGUGAACUUUACCCAAAAUAGUGAUUAUGAUUCGCUUGCAAAAUAUUUGAUAGGCAACAACUAUAGAUUUCGUGAAAAUAUCAUUAUACCAAGAAUUCUUGGACCUGUUAUAAUUAAAACCAAUGAGGAGAAGAUGAUCGAGGCAACGGUUGAGAGCUGUCCCUUUAAAUCAUUGACUAGUUGUAUAAUUGGAUAUGGUCUAGGAGCAGCAGUGGGUCUAUUCACAUCUUCCCUGAUGCCUAACGUAACAGAUACAACUGCCCAACAAAAUCAAACGGCUAGAGAGAUUUUACGGGAAAUGAAAAACUCCAUGUUGAGUUAUGGAAAAAACUUUGCGAUACUUGGUGCUGUGUUUUCUGGAGUCGAGUGCUGUAUCGAAACAGCAAGGGGGAAGUCUGACUGGAAGAACGGUACUUAUGCUGGAGGAAUUACAGGAGGAUUAAUUGGAUUAAGAGGUGGAUUAAAAGCUGGCAUGUUUGGAGCGAUGGGAUUUGCAGCCUUUUCCACGAUCAUUGACUACUAUAUGCAUCAACGGGCUUAAAUAAUAAUUUAGUUUAUUUUAUCAAUAAAAUGUUAGUAAUGUUA